AUGGGUGCAGUCGACCUUACUACCACAAAACCAGUACAAACGGUAACUUCAAUCAAGGAGUCCACCUCACAGGUGAUCACCUCUGUUGCUGAGGAAGAUGGCAAGCCUGUGGAUCUUACAGGGAUCUGCACAGCACCGCAACCAGCUACUACACUGCCUGAAGAUCGGUUUGGAUACCGAGAUGAUCAUUAUCAGUACGGUCGUGUUGGACUCAAUGGCACAAAAGGUUUAAGUGGCCUGAAACCCUCCAUGUCUGAUACCAACUUAGCGGAGGCUGGAUUUUUCUGGAAUGGAUUCCAGUGGUAUGAUACAGUCCAUACAGACUCUACAAAACCAGUUGUUCCUACAGUUACUGCAAUUCCAGGUGCAUACAUUGAUGGAUCGCUGGAGACCAUAGCAGCACCACUACAGGCAUUGCCUGCUUCAGUCCUCCUUGCACCAGAAGGAAGCAAAGAUCAACAGUACCAAAUGGAACGUGAACUCCUUGAACUUGAGAAAGUGAAGCAGCUGCGCAUGGCUGAGGAGAUUGAGUGGGAGCGACAGGAGAUCCAAAGGUUCCGUGAGCAGGAGCAGCUUAUUGUCCAGCAGGAACUGGAGAAGCUGCAGACGAUGAAGCAGCAGCUCCUGCACCAGCAAGAAGAAGAGCGGCAGGCCCAUCUGAUAAUGCAACAGGAGACUUAUGCCCAGCAUCAACUGCAGCUGGAGCAGAUCCAUCAUCUUCAGCAGCAGUUGCAGCUACAUCUGGAGGAGCAGAAGAUGAGACAAAUAUAUGGCUAUGAUCCCUCUGAGACUGUCCCUCCACUAUCUAGUUCAGAGCAGAUUUCACAAGAACAGCAGUAUUUAGGUAGUGAAAAUGGUCAGUUCUGGCCAGUGCAGGAUGAUACUGCAGUGACCUCUGUUUUCACUGGCUUUGACUUUCCUCAGAAGCAAUCCUGGCUCCCAGUGACAACUCAGGGUGUCACCCCAAAUACCCUAAGUGUGCCCAGAUCUGAACUGUCUGGUAAGGAAUCAAAAGGACAAGAAUGUCUACAGCUCAGCAACCAAGUACAAAGUGUGCCAGGGCAGCAUGACGGGCAGAAGAAAAUAGACAGUGGGGUUCAAACAGAUGGCGAGGACAUAGUGGAUAGGGCUUAUGCAGGACGGAGACGGAGGAGCAGGAAGAGCGUGGACAGCAGUGUUCAGACAGAUGAUGAGGAUCAAGAUGGGUGGGACGUCCCUGCCAGGAGCAGGCGCCGGUCUCGUUCCACUAGAUAUGUUGAUGGAGAGAAAGGAAAGCAGGCUUCUAAGCUGUCUAGCAUUGCUAUACAGACGGUAGCUGAGAUCUCAGUACAGACAGACCCAUCGGGGUCUUUGAAACGGCCAUCAGUCAGGGCUCAUGUGGACACAAAGGUAGAAUUGUCUUCCCCAGAAAAGCCUCACAGAGGAAGCAGUUUCAGCUCUGAGAGGAAAUCGCCUCAAAGGGACAAGAAGCGCCCAACUCCACUUGAAAUAAGCUACACUACACACCUGAAAGCAGAUUCUUCCUCCCUCCAAGUAGCCCCUUCUCCUCCCAAGUCCCCCAAAGUGCUCUAUUCACCCAUCUCUCCCCUGUCCCCAAGGAAAGCAUUAGAAUAUGCAUCAUAUGAGAAGUCCAUCCAAGAUUCUAGCCCACAGAAAAUUACAGCUGUGGAACCUUCGAAAACUCCUCCAAAAAGUCCCCGGGCAGUGAAGGGUGUGCAGCGCCCUACAUUGGAAUCCAAGACAUCGAGUCCAGCAGGAGAUGAGCAAUCAGGAUCUAACUUACCGUACUCUGAUGGCUAUUUGGGCAAAAGCUCACAGAGCAGUACCCCUUCUGGCACCCAAAAGAAAGUGAAACGCACUCUUCCAAACCCACCCCAAGAGGAAGAAUCAGCUGGCAGCCAGGCCAGUUACAGCACUGGUUCUGCUCGACGUCGCCUCUGCCGGAACACCACCAUGGCUCGGGUCAAGAUCCUGCAAGACAUUGACAGAGAACUUGAUCUGGUCGAGCGUGAGUCCUCCAAGCUUAGGCAAAAGCAAGCUGAGCUGGACGAGGAGGAAAAGGAGAUCGAUGCCAGGCUAAGAUAUUUGGAAAUGGGGAUUAACCGAAGGAGGGACGCCUUGCUCAAGGAGCGGGAAAAGAGGGAGAGAGACUACCUGCAGGGGGUUGCAGAGGAGAGAGAUUACAUGUCGGAUAGUGAAGUCAGCAAUAUCCGGGAGAAGAGGGGGGAUAGUCAUGGGUUAGAGCGGCCAAAAACUGCUCCACAGUCAGAGCUUAAUAAAUUCAUCCCACCACAGACUCAGCCCACAAGCCCGUACACACAGUACCAGUAUGCCACACCAACGCAAGCCCCUCAGCAGACUCUUUACCAACAGUCAUCCUUCUAUGAAUGUCAGCAGACAUCCCCGUACCAGUCCAUUUAUUCGUCAGUCCCUACCCCGUCCUAUCCCCAGGGCUCACACCAGCACUCCCAGCCACGGGGCUAUCAGCAUACUUCUCAGACUCAAAUGAUUCACCAGAAACCUAGGCAGACAGCAUUGUCUGACUUGGAACCAAAGAUCACAACAAACUAUGAGGUUACACGUAAUCAACCAGCCAUGACUGGUCCAUCUUCUGCAGACACCAUGUAUGGUUUGCCCCAUUUGGGGGGCAAAUACAGCAACCUAAACAUACGGAUGGGUCUGGAUGAGAGGGGCAGCGUGGCCAGCAGCCCCAUGUCCAGCGUAUCAGCUGACUCGAUAUAUGCAGAUAUUGAUCAUCACACUCCCAAGAAUUACCUCUUGUUUAACGACAUGGGUGAAAUCACGAAGGGCUCGACUGCACUGUCCUCUACCUUCAGCAUUCCUGACAAGGACAUAGCUAAGGCUGAUCGUCUCCUGCGUGCAGCUGAAAUGAGAGACUAUCUGGGGCCACUGCAAGCCUCCUUAAGGCUCCAUCCUUGUAUGAAGGUCCAGGAAGAUGCGAUGGAAGAACCCUAUGAGCUGAAGCUUUUAAAGCAGCAGAUAAAGCAAGAAUUCCGUCGGGGUGCAGAUGGCCUGGACCCACUUACAGGCCUUCAUCACUACUAUCCCAGUGAUAGCAAUUACAGGCACUUCCACAAGGCAGAAAAAUACAGUAUUGGCAGACUGACCCUAGAGAAGCAAGCUGCCAAACAGCUUCCCGCUUCAGUACUGUACCAGAAACAGGCAAAGCACAGGAAAUCGCUGAUAGAUCCUAAAAUCACAAAGUUCUCUCCUAUCCAAGAAAGCAGAGACAUUGGACUAGAUUACAGUAGCUAUUUGACACCAAGCACUCCCCAAGUAAGUAGUCUUGCCUCAAGAGCAAGGCUGCUACAGGAUGAUAUUACAUUUGGACUGAGAAAGAGCAUAACUGAGCAACAAAAAUACCUUGGCUCAACGUUAGGAUCUAAUAUUGCACAAUCUUUUAAUCUAGGCCAAAGUCUAAAUCUAAGCCAACACCUGAGAUCUUCUCUUCAAGAUGACACAACGUAUCCUAGUGGUAGUCGGUCAAGACCUUCUUCUAGGCCAUCCUCUGUUUAUGGCCUUGACCUUUCUAUUAAAAGGGACCUAUCCAGCUCCUCUCUGAGGUUAAGGAUGGAGAGUGACGGAACCUCUCUGUUGAGGACCAAACCUACCAAUCUCCCCAUCAGCCAAAGCAGGGGACGUAUUCCAAUUGUAUCACAGAACUCUGAGGAAGAGAGUCCCCUGAGUCCGGUCGGUCAGCCGAUGGGCAUGGCUCGGGCUUCCGCCGGGCCUCUCCCACCCAUAUCAGCUGACUUAAGAGACCAGUUUGGCUCAAGCCAUUCCCUCCCAGAAGUUCAGCAGCAUAUGCGAGAGGAGUCCAGGGCACGGGCUUAUGACCGCGACAUGGCCUUCCUAAUGGAUGACAUACAAGGAGUAGUGCCUGAUAGUGAAGCAGCGGGAAAAAACUGGAAUGUACAAGCGUAUCACCUGCGUCAAGAGGAAACAGACUGGUUCGACAAGCCUCGAGAGACCUGCGGUGCCAAUGGUCUCCUGCUGGACCGGAAACUGGUUUCUCAUAAGCAGAUGCGCCAGCAUGGAGAGAUCAAGCCCAGUCUGUACCCCUUCCCUCAUACUAGAGUCACAAUACAGAGGGAUCCAAAAGACCGUAGUGUUUCAGGCAAUGGACUUGGUCUGCGAGUGCUGGGUGGAAAGGAGAUCCCUGGGAACACAAGAGAAAUGGGAGCGUACGUGGCCAGUGUUGUACCUGGAGGUGCCGCAGAACAGACCGGAAAGAUAGUGGAGGGAAUGCAGAUCCUGGAGUGGAAUGGAGUUUCUCUGACUGGUAAAACCUAUGAAGAAGUUCAGGGCAUCGUGAGUCAACCAUGCGGGGAAACAGAAAUCUGUGUUCGACUGGAUUUGAACAUGCUUUCAGACCCUGAUCAUCCACAGUGCCUGGAGCUCCAGGACCAAUCAAAGCCUGGCCCUGCGGGAGACAGGCAGAAGUCCCCGGGAGUGGACCCGAACCAGCUCGCCGCUGAACUGCAGAAGGUCUCUCAGCAGCAGGCACCUUCGGCAGUGGCGUCCAGCCUCCAGGAAAAAGGACUCAAUGUUCAUUCGAGUGCCACGUUGGCCGCCUCAAGUGUCGUCCACAGCUCGGGACACCCGGGAUCCCCUUCUGUCAACAAGAAACGACAGAGCAGCAAGCCUGCAGAAGCAGCUAAGAUCCAGACCCAUCCAAUAACUGGAGAUAUCCAGCUUCAGCUCAACUAUGACAGAAACGUUGGGAAUCUAAUCGUCCAUGUGCUACAAGCGAGAAACCUGGCCCCCAGAGACAACAACGGCUACUCGGACCCCUUUGUUAAAGUGUACCUCUUACCAGGGAGAAGCCAAGUCAUGGUUGUCCAGAAUGCAAGUGCAGAGAAUAAGAGAAGAAGCAAAUCUUCACAGAGAAGCCUGAACCCAGAGUGGAACCAGACGGUCAUUUACAAAAACAUCCACCUGGAACAACUUAAGAAGAAGACUCUAGAGGUAACCGUGUGGGAUUACGACAGAUCUUCCUCCAACGACUUCCUGGGAGAAGUGCUGAUCGAACUGUCCAACACGGCGCAGCUGGACAAUCUGCCCCGCUGGUUCCCCCUGAAGGAGCAGGGCGAGAUCCUUGAUCAUGGGCGGCCCCGUUCGGGUCAGGGCAUCCCACAACCCCCCAAGCCCUCCGUCAUCAAGAGCCGCAGCCAUGGCAUCUUCCCCGAUCCUUCCAAGGACAUGCAGCUGCCCACAAUUGAGAAAUCCCAUAGCAGUCCAGGUAGCUCCAAGUCGUCCUCCGAGACCCACCUUCGCUCCCAUGGACCAUCCCGCAGCCAGAGCAAAGGCAGUGUCACUCAAACACACCUGGAAGAUGCAGGCGUUGCCAUAGCAGCAGCUGAGGCAGCGGUCCAGCAGCACCGCUACCAGCCAACAAGGCCUGGUCACAGGCCAACGGAAGCAUCCGUGAAAACGGUCCCUGCAGUCACCAACCUGAACCUGGAGGAGGAGGGUGGUGCCGAUGCAGUCGACAGCGCCAUUUUCCAAGUACCUCAGAUUGGAAAGGCAAUCCCUAAUGGUACAGAUAAAAUACGAGGACUGGACCCUGGGGAUAAUCAAGGUAAGACGCAAGUGAUGGGGGAAAUCAAGAUUGCCCUGAAGAAAGAGACCAAGACAGAGGGGGAGCAACUCAUUGUGGAGAUACUGCAAUGCAGGAACAUCACCUUCAAGUUCAAGUCUCCAGACCACCUCCCAGACCUGUACGUGAAGCUGUACGUGGUCAACGUGGCGACACAAAAGAAACUGAUCAAGAAGAAGACCCGGGUGUGUCGGCACGACCGCGAGCCAUCCUUCAACGAGACCUUCCGCUUCACCCUGAAUCCCACCGGACACUCACUCCAGCUCUUCCUCGUGUCCAACGGGGGGAAGUUUGUGAAGAAGACACUGGUGGGAGAAGCCUACGUCUGGCUGGACAAGGUAGACCUGCGGAAGAGGACCACCAGCUGGCACAAGCUGCUGGCAAGCUCCCCUCAGGGCCAUCCCUAGGGCUCCGCCCCGGCCAAUCAGUAGGGGGUAGCCUCACGCCCUUGCCGAGCAACAGUCUCACUGCUCAGUUCCUCUGGGGAGGGAAAGGGGGGCGACAGGGAUGCUGGGGUCCGGCGUGGCCUCGUGCCUCAUGAGGUGGGUGGGGGAUGGGAACUGACGGUCCAAACGACUCACUGUCAUCGGUCCUGGUGAGACGUUUGUGGAACAGAGCAGAAGCGAGGAGGACAGAGGCAGAGGGAGAUCAAUGGGAUGAGAAUUAGAAGGCGGCGAGGACCCCGGGGGUGCUGGACGUGUCAGUCGCUGUCAAUUCCCAGAGCGGAGAGGAACUGCAGGGGGGUCUCAUUGAGCGGGUGCGCGGCACACCAAGAGGGACACCAGGCGUCAAGUCUUUUGAAGCUGGAAACAAUGAAACCAUGUGACCGGCUGCCAGUCCGCAGGGUCCUGGCACCGACACAGUCCGCAAACACAUGAACACAGCGCCAUUGGACACAGAGAGCCUGUGUGUACCGCUAGUGUAUUGUUUCGCGCCUUUCUAGCUGGCUUGACCCGCAGCUUUAUCCUUCCACCCUCCUGCAUCGCUGCGCCUCAUGCAGCCACACGUUUGCCAGCCAUCUUUAUGUUUCAGGUGUUUAUUUCAAUGAUAAUAUUUAAUGGAACCCUGGCGAACGCAGCCACUUGCGGAAACAUAGCCUAAGCCAGAUGUAUUUCCAUGUUGCAAAGGGCGAUAAAACACACAAGUAGAAACAUAAAUAAGUGGAGAGACACCUGGCGGCUGUGGGAGGUUCUCCGAGAUCCGAGGAUGGCUGACAGCUGCCCCGACACAUUGUUUCUUGUGUUUAUUAUUCUGCGAAUGCUGGAAUAUGUUUCUUGAACAGUUAUGGUCAGGGAAUGUAUAUGUUUGUCUUUAAAAUGUCCAGUCUAUUUAAAAUGUUUCAGCACAGCAUUCCUUUACCUGGAAUCAGUGAUGUAAUUUUCCAGCAGGUGUUUGAUGACACAAAUAACAAUUUUGCUGCUAAUCUCCUUCCCUGUUGUAGACUAUAUGUUUAUAUGGAGUGAAUAUGUUGAAAAUAUAAGAGUCUAGAUGUACAGUGUGUAUGUGCUCUUACUGGACAGACUGGAAGUACUAGAGUAAGCGACUCAGGAGUGAUAACUGCUGUAAGGAGCUGCUCCGCACAUACUAACUAGAAAUAAUAUACUGACAUAAAGACAUAAUUCACUUCUAUUGUAGAAGCCUUUUCGUUAAUAGUAGGUAUGUCCUGUAAAAGACAAUCUGGUAAAUACACUUUGGGUGAUUUUCCAAAAAAAACACACACACACACACACACACACACACACACACACACACACAAAACACUGAGCACAAAUUAUUUACCCAAAUUCAUUUGCACUAUAUAAUGCUAUUUAAUUCGUUUUUAGACGUGCUACUGUGAAUUGUGGUUAUCAUUGUAGAAAAAAAUACAAUAAAACCACAAUAUUCUGUCCCUUUUUAUGUAGACGAAUAGCUGAUGUGAUCCAAAAAAGUCUAAAAAAAGAAGGGGGGGGGAUGCAGAAAUAAUCCAGCUCUUUCAGUUUGCAUAUUCACUCACAUCCUUAGAGGCCUCUUGUCUCUCUGGGGUCAACCUCGAUUGCAGUUGUCAUGGUAACCUGACGUUUGGGUGUCACUUUUCGGGCGUUGAGCAGUCAGAAAAAGGCUUUAUUUUACAUUUGUUCUGAUUUUAACAAUCAAGGUGGUAUCUAAUGUACCAUAGCAAAUGAUUGUCAC